AUGGCAUCUGCCACAAAAGAGAAACAAUUAAAAAAAAAAGAGAAGGAAGACCAAAUCCAAAGCAGGUCCUUAGGCAAUUUUCAUAAUUUGGAAUUGUUGUGUAAAGCAGACGAUAGAUAAAAAAAAACAUUAGAAAAGAUAAUCAAAUAAAAACCUGACUUAGCCAGAAGUUUAAACAUAUAUGCCGACGGAGUUAAAUAUUACAUAGCAAGAUAAUAACAGAGAGAUAAAUUGUUGGCAGGAAAAGACCUACCUUUGAUGGAAGUUUCAGAGGAAUAACUAUAAUUGCCAUCACUACCUCUCAUAACGAACAGACAAAUGGCAAGGUAAUACAAUAAGGAUUUAUUCCCCCCCAGACUUUUAAGUGAAAGUUUGGAAAAACAAAAUAGAAAAUAAAUCAAUCCAAAUAAUUACACUCCUUUCGCAAAUAGACAAAGAGUAGCAAUCCCUGCAUUAAAUCCACCUAUGAAAAUCAACAGAGACAGAGAUUUGCCUAAAUUAAAGUUUAAUUAUUUUGUUGGGUCUGGCAACAAUGGAGAACUAGUAAAACGAAUAUUAUAAAAGAGAGAGCAAUAUUGGACUGCAGUACCUUUAACAUUCUAAUAUAAACACUUCAUGUGGUAACAAUCAUACAAUGGUAUGGAUUUUAAUCGCUUAACUCAAUAAGAGAGUUCAUUUGCAAGAGUAAUGUAUAAUUUCUUCGAGUUUCAUAAGAAUAUUACUUCAAAGACAGGUUUGUCGUAAUCUUUACUCUAAUAUUAUAAUAACAUUGAGAAAACCUUUGAUAUAAUACCUUUAGUUUUUAUCAUUAAUUUUAAGAACUGUGAUUGGAUGAAAGAUAUUCAGUAAUUCACAGAAUUUUAUCAAGCUAAUAACCCAUUAGUAUAAGCCACUAUGAAAUCCACUUUAGACUUUGAUUUUUAUGUAUCCAAUUUGGUAGGUACAAAAGUGAAUUACAAUGGAAUAAAGACUUAUAAAAUGUAGGAAACCUUGACUAGUAAAUCCUAAUAUUUAUGGCUUUUAAAACCAGCGGAUUGGAAUAGGGGAGAAGGUGUUCAUGUGUUCAACACUCUUGAAGAGGUUGAGACUUUAAUAAAGUCAUACUAUUAUGGCAAAGGGAACUAUGAGUGCAAAGAGUUUGUGAUUCAAAAAUAUAUUGAGAGACCAUUAUUGUUGAGUGGAAGAAAAUUUGAUAUAAGAUGUUGGGUCCUCGUAUCUUAAGAGAUGCAAUACUUUUUAUUUAAAGAGGCUUAUAUUAGAACAAGUGGAACAGCAUUUUCAUUAGAUAAUAAAGAUAGAUAUAUUCAUUUGACGAAUAAUGCAGUUUAAAAGAAUGCCUAAAAUUAUGGAUAAUUUGAAGAUGGCAAUCAAUUAUCUUUGAAUAGAUUUUAAUAAUUAUUAGACUAAUAGGAGACAACUUAUAAUUUCAGAAAGUAGGGAUGGCCAAUGAUAAAGGAUGUGGUUAAAAUAACUAUGAAUUCAACAAGAAUGAAUAAGAGAAAUAGAAAAUAUGGGAUGCAAUUAUUGGGUUAUGAUUUCAUGAUUGAUGAAAAUCUUAAAUUGUGGUUGAUAGAAGUCAAUGCGAACCCGUGUUUGGAAGAGAGUUCGAAUCUGUUAAAAAUGCUGAUUCCUAGGAUGUUGGAUGAUGCUUUUAAGUUGACAUUGGAUUAAGUAUUCACCCCUGAAGUGGACUUUGGUGUUUGGCAGCCCAAAUUUAAAGUGGAUGAAUAUGAGGACCAGGAGAAUAUGUGGGAAUCAUUGGGAUUUUGCAGUUGA